GGAUGAUCAAGAAUAUCAGUCCAAAGGUAAGAUAUCUCAAAGAUGUGUAGAUGUCAGGAAAGAAGUGCAUGGUAUAUAGGAUGUGGCCACUGUAAUCAAGUUAUUUUAGAAACUUGUGAUAGAUUUUGUAUUUUUAUGAAUUAUUUUCCUGAAUAAACAAAUUGUUAAUGAACUUAGACAAGGGAGAUUAAUGUAAAAAUUUCAAAGAACUAGCUCUGUUCCAAUUUAUAUUUGCGUUAUGUAUUUGGUAGGGUUAUAUGCUUUUAUUUUUAUGAAGCCUUCCCCACUUAUGAAUUAGUCAUCGCUAUUGGUUCAAGACAUGCAGUUUUCAAGUUUCCCCUUUGGGUGCACAACAUCACUUAUUUUCUAUAGAUAAUUUUAGAGUUGUGAGACCUGUACCCCAAAAAAAAAACAAAAAAAAAACACUGCACCAUCUCAUCCCUACUGGCUACAACUCUACUUUGGCCCCAAUCAUUUUCUGCAGUUUUAAUAAAUUAUGCAUUGUACUUCUCAUAUCUACUAUCUACUAAAUAAUACAUUUUACUUCUCAUAUCUACUAAAUCAUGUAUUUUACUUCAACUUGAAUGUCAACUUUAAUCUCAUACUUGUCUAUCAUGUAAAUGUCAACUGUCAGCCCAUGCUUGUCUAUCAUGUGAAUGUCAACUGUCAUCCCAUGCUUAUCUAUCAUGUGAAUGUCAAGUGCCAUCCCAUACUUGUCAUCAUGUGAAUGUCAACUGUCAUCGCAUACUUGUCUAUCAUGUGAAUGUCAACUGUCAUCCCAUACUUGUCUAUCAUGUGAAUGAGUCAAGAUGCCUUUUCCUAACUGGCUCCUCACCAAGAGCUGAUUUAAAUGACAUUGGAUUCCUUGUCCAGACUCUGGUCCUAGGUUGCAUCGUGAUCUGAGCCUUGAGCCACAGGACACCAUCUUUGUUAAGAGUGUUAAAGAGGGGAGUCCUGCCCGGUAUGCUGGCCUGAACACGGGAGACAGAAUCAUUGCCGUUAAUGGGGAUUCUAUAUCCGGGAAGUCGUACAAGGAGGUCAUUGCCGCUAUACAUCAGAGGUAGGACCCGCCUGUUGGGGACAUGUAGUGGACAAAACAACUUUUCAUUGACUGAGAAUGGAUUUUUGAGAUUUUGUCAACAAUUAUGUUGUAAGCCCAUGACAUACGAAAGUUACAUAUUUGAAAAAUAAAUCUGACAUAAAUGCAUUUAAUGUUACAUUUUUGAUACAAUGUGUCCAAAGAUAUGUCUUAUUUCCCCGAAGCAUUUUCUAAAUCAGUGUGUUAGAAGAUAAGUGUUUAUUUCACUGAAGCAUUUUCUGAUACAGUGUGUCAGAAGAUAAGUGUUUAUUUCACUGAAGCAUUUUCUGAUACAGUGUGUCCAAAGAUAAGUGUUUAUUUCACUGAAGCAUUUUCUGAUACAGUGUGUCCAAAGAUAAGUGUUUAUUUCACUGAAGCAUUUUCUGAUACAGUGUGUCAGAAGAUAAGUGUUUAUUUCACUGAAGCAUUUUCUGAUACAGUGUGUCAGAAGAUAAGUGUUUAUUUCACUGAAGCAUUUUCUGAUACAGUGUGUCAGAAGAUAAGUGUUUAUUUCACUGAAGCAUUUUCUGAUACAGUGUGUCAGAAGAUAAGUGUUUAUUUCACUGAAGCAUUUUCUGAUACAGUGUGUCCAAAGAUAAGUGUUUAUUUCACUGAAGCAUUUUCUGAUACAGUGUGUCAGAAGAUAAGUGUUUAUUUCACUGAAGCAUUUUCUGAUACAGUGUGUCCAAAGAUAAGUGUUUAUUUCACUGAAGCAUUUCACAUUGUUUGUUAUUUCAGCAGUCAAACACUAAAGCUUCUUGUUGUUCCUAAAGAUGAAGACAUCCUCCAGAUGGUAAGUGAGAAUUUUCUAGUAGAAUAAAUCAUUAAUCCUUAGUCUGCCUUGUAUAUCUUCUUCUUCUUCUUCUAUAUCUUAAGGGCCCACGAUCAAUUUAUUGAUCAUUUUGGCUCCUAUUCAUGUAGAUGGGAUUUGCAAUGUUUCUGUUACUGGUGUUGAAGAGGAAUUCAUGCACUAGGGGUUUGAAGACUGUAUAUAUGUACUUGUUCUUGUACAUGACUAGCCCUUAGUCGGCCUUUUAUAAUUGUAUAUGUGUACUUGUUCUUGUACAUGACCCAUCCCUAGUCUGCCUUGUAUAUUUGUAUAUGUGUACUUGUUCUUGUACAUGACCAGCCCUUAGUCUUCCUUUUAUAUUUGUAUAUGUGUACAGCACUUGUUCUUGUACAUGACCAGCCCUUAGUUGGCCUUGUAUAUUUGUAUAUGUGUACUUGUUCUUGUACAUUACCAGUAUUUUUGCCUGUUUCUCUAAUGACAUCAAUUUCUUGUGGGGUUUAACAUUCUUUCAUAUGCUACCAUAAAAUACAAAAGUACCAUGAAGUACCAAGAAGUAUCAUGAAGUACCAUGAAGUGAUGUGACAUUAGUUAAAAUAGUACUAUGAAGUUAUAUGUCAUUCAAUAAAAUAGUACUAUGAUGUGACAUUAAAUAUAAUAGCAAUAUCAGGUGAUUUGAAAUUAAAUAAGCUAGUAAUAUGAUGUGACAUUAAAUAUAAUAGUACUAUGAAGUUAUGUGAGAUUAAAUAUAAUAGUACUAUAAAGUUAUGGGACAUUAAAUAUGUGUAGUAAUAUGUAGCUAUGUGACAUUAAUAUAAAGAUAUCUUCGUCACAUUUUAUGCAUUCAAGAGCAGGACAAGGUGCCUAACACAGAGGUCUUGGAACAUGCAAAAAUGUUUAGCAUAUUCUCCACUCUUAGCAAGAGGUGCCUUCACUAGUUAGGUCAUGUAAGGAGAAUGGAGGAAGGCCGUAUUCCAAAUAACCUGCUGUAUGGAGAGUUGGUAAAAGGGACAAGGCUUGUUGGAUGGCCAACUCUGAGAUUUAUGGACGCUUGCAAAAGGAGCACAAGGGAACAACAUUCCAGCUGGCGAACAGCGGUGUGUGAAGGAGUUGAAAAUGCAGAGGAUGCACAAAACGAGGCCCUUGCAACAAAAAGAACAAUACAGAAGGCCAAAUCUAACCAGGAAUCAAUAUUCUCCUGCGAGAAAUGUGUACAUUGCUACGCCAUCGUCUCUCGAAGUCGGAAGGAUGCCAUUUAAUAAAUUUAUGUGACAUUAUAAGUUUAAUGGUACUAUAAAGUGAUGUGACUUGUCUCCAAUCCGUAAAUAAAGAUAAACUUAGUGUUGAAUGUGUUUUCGCAUUGAUCCUUGUCAUCCUAAUGUUUUUAUUUCAGGCCUACCAAUCCCAAACGGGAGAUUCAAUGUACACCAGUUCAAACACUCUGUCAGACAGCACUAGCAGACAUUCUAACAUCAGCCAUCAACACAGCCAUAGGUAAACCAAUAGUUAGAGAUUUCCCUUCAUUCAUUUUGUCUUGCCUUAGCCACAAAGUUUACUUGCAACAAAUUUAAAAUAUGCGCUUUUUGAAUACUAUUAAUUAGGUUUUAAAGAUAGAUCAAAACAAAAUCUUUUGGGAGCAUUCUAGGAAUUUAUUCAAUAUCUCUGAAGUUCACUUUGAUCAACGUCUAUUGAAAUGGCCACUUUAUUUGAGGGGCACUUUUUUGUCUUUUUUUUUUUUUUAUAAAAAGGGAUUUAAGAUUAUAUAAUUGUCCUUUUUAUGUUUCUGUAAGUCUCUAUGAUUUUCCUUAUAUUUUAUGAUAUCAGAUUUAAAGAUAUUUUUGAAGCUUCUAGAAAGCUCAGAAUAAGAAUAGGAGGUCAUUAUGGUCUUUACAUCAUGGUCUUAACGUCGUGAUCUUUAAUUCAUGGUAUUUUAAUCAUGGUCUAUAAAUUGGGGUCUUUAAAUGGUGGUUUUUAAGUCAUGGUCUUUAAAUCAUGGUUUUUAACUGAAAUGGACUUUAAAUCAUUGUCAUUAAAUCAUGGUUUUUAACUGAAAUGGGCUUGACGUAAAAUGCAAUGUAAACAAGAGUGAUAAAAAAAUUUAGUUAUUUUUUAUAGGGGAAAAUUUUAAAUUUUAAUUAGUCGUGAGCCAAGUGUUUUUGACAGGGCCCUAAAUUAAUGUGUCUCCCAAUAAACUUUAGAAGUUAUUUCCCAAUGCAAACCCGAGCAACACCAUAUGUAUUGGCCAGUGUAGAUUAUUCAGAGAUGCGUCUUUGAAUUACCAUAAGAUAAAUCCUCUUUUCUGUUAUCUUCAGUGCUAAUGAGUAUCAACUACGAGAUUCAAGUCACAGCUUAGUUUCAAAUUCUGCAGAUAAUCUGCCUCCGGGGCAAAAUAAUGUUCGACAUUCCUACCCCAUUAGUCAGUGGGGAGCUUCUGAGUCCACAGAAAUCAGGUAGACAGAAUAUUUCUUGUUAUCACUUAGUUUAGUUUAAUUGAUUGACCUUAAUGGUAAGAUUGACAGUGAAAUUUGAGGUAACCAAUACUGUAAUGUACUUUGUGGGAGGGAUUGAAUCUAUUGUACCAAAUGGAAGUGAUUGAAUCUAUUGACCUAUAUGGAAUUGAUUGUUGGAACAUUGUCUUAUUUGGAAUUAAUUGUUUGAAUCUGUUACUCUUCCAGUGGUGGCUCUUCCCUUGGAGAUCUGUCCUACACAUCGCUGAGCUCAUCUAUGAGAGGGGACCAGUCCCAGACCAGGGGCUAUGCAUACCAUCAAUCACGGCCUCAACCCAAGGUAUUACUUCCCCUUGGAACUUACCGCUCAGUUCUAUAUGACGCACAGUGUGUAUAAUUUUUAGGGGUGCAUUCCCACUGAAGAAUAAUCCUUAUGUAAUGUCCUUGUCACAAAGUAAAUAAAAUCUUCAUGAGCCCAGAGAGCAUCAAGGUAAUGCACCAUUCAACUCUAUUAUGGAUUCCAAGAAAAUGGAACCAAGGUUAUAUAUAUAGUAACACUGCAUCACAAUGUUGCACUGAGGGAAUGUUAAACUUUUUUAAAAGGCAGUUAGGAGUGGGGUAGGUGUGGGUGAAUAAUGACUGAUUUAAGAAUUCGUAUUUAGACAUGUUAGAUCCUUUACAAAGAAAAUGUAUGUUUUAUAAGCUGUGUUCAUUUUAUUGAAGUCUUUCUAAGAGCUAAAUUUCCCUUUGGUUUUUAGGAGCCAGGUCCUAACAUGGCAUCCAAUGUGACGUGCAACAUCCAAGGUAAAUCAAAAUACUCAUUUGGACUAUUCUUCCCUCCAAAAUCAACGUCCACAAUGACAGGAAGUAGCAGUGGCAGCAGCAGUCGCACAAUUAGUGCUGAGAGUCUGAGCAGGGGUUAUGAUGAGCCGAACAGCCAGGGUCUGGCCAAGUCUCAGACCUACGAGGUCGGCCAGCAGAGACCUGUGGUUACUUACAGGAAAACUUCGCUUGAUGAAAGCUCAGCAUUAACAUCUUCGGCCAAGUCCCGGGAAUUUUUCAUCAGAUAUUCUUCCGACAAAGCCGCUAGUGAUCAUCGAAAUCGUUAUUCACCCAGACAUUCUGCUUAUGAAAGAUAUUCAACGGAUAAUCGUCCCACAUACAUCAUUUCACGGUCUCAAACUGUUUCUGCAAUAUCACCCACCCAGACCGGCAGCACCGGUGGGAAUAGUUCAUCUGAUUAUUUGAAGGCCUCUAACCAGACAAGCAAUGAAGGUUCACCGGAUACCAACAGAUCUCGGCAGUACAUCCCAGUCUUGUCAGAGAGUAAGCUGACUACAAGUUCGGACAAUAUAGACAAGAGAGGAGCUGGGGUCAGCAUGUACAAUCGGAGCUCUGGUUUCACCAACCAGUCUGAUCCGGCCACCGGAUCUCGAACUUUUGUUGUGCGCAUUCCAUAUGAGCAGCAUAAGCAAGCUUCCCCUCGGGCCCCCGAUUCUAGUUUGAUACCGUUACGUCAGAGUUAUGGUACAACAUUUGCCCUCACACGCUCACCCAACACAACCCACAUCGAGAUUCAGAAAUCUAUCGGGAAGCCAAUCGUAUCCCAACGAAAGUUUCAGUUUGAGACUGGCAAAAAUGAAAACACUCCACCUCCUGGCACCGGUGGUCACAACAGGUAUAAAACGGAAAUUGAAAAGAUUCGAACUCAGCCCAAAUUUUCCAGCAUCGCGAUGCGUAAAGCGAGCUUCGAACAAUCACCAGAGAGAGAUCCUCCCGGCAUGGAUGACCCCAUUGAGGUGGCAACGCAGCCGGACUACAUGGGGUCCAGUGUAGAGACAGCACAGCCCACUGUCAAGGUAUGUUGGUAUUGCCUUACAUGGAAGAACCAUCUUACAUAAGAAAUCUUUCAUCAUGCAUUGCACAUCGUAAAUAUUUUAUUGAAGAAUAUAUUUGCGAGGAUGUGCUACAUUUUGUAAAUAUUAAUACUUAUCACUGGAACUGGGGCACGUUUAAGAUAUCUGAUUUUAAUAUCAAAGAGAAGCCACAACUGCUUUAAGACAUUGUGGUGACCCAUAUCACCCUACACAUGUUUUGUUUGUUUAGAAAGCCUUUUUUUAUAAAAAAUUUCACUUCAAAUCUUUUAGUUCAAAAAAAAGUGCAUGUUGUGUACUAGCAUUAUUUUAAACGGAUGUUUGAACAUUUUGGGUCUUAACGGGUACUUUCUUGUUGUAUAAAGAUAGCCAUAUCAAUAAAACUGCAUUUCUUUUUUAUUUUUGCAAUAAUUUUUUUUUUGUACUUGAGCUGCCUUAAAACUUUUUUUUUUUUUCAUUUUGUCGUCCACAAUUCACUAAUUUACAGACCAUGCUUCAAAUGUCAAAUUAAUUUUUUAUUGGCCGUCUUAUGUUGAGAAUCUCAAUUUGAUUCAUGCAGGUAAGAAAAAUCUCAUCUGAGCGUUACACAUCAGGAAGUCCUCGCCAGAUGACAGAUGGUUCAGACAGAACUGGCAACUAUCAAGAUGCCAUCCCUAUCAGGAUCUACAUGUCAUCUGGUGGCUCCUCCCCUCACCUUGACCUCUAUGCCGGAGACGGCACCAAACCCAGGCACAGCCACGAAGUCAAUCAUACGGUCGGGUUUACAUCGUCACCACACAGCUACGAACAUUCAACAUCUCCCAGCAACUUGAGUGUCAGCAGCGGCAGUGUGGGCGGACCGACGGUCAGUGAAAGCAGCACCGGCGGGGGCCUGGCCGACUCGGGGGUGUGGCUGAAAAGCUAUCACAGCAGUUCGGACAUGCUGGAUGGUGUGGAAGGAAGCAGCCAGGGAGGUGGGGACGGCGCCAUGUAUUCUCUUGAUGCUGCAGCUGACCAGGAGGUGUCCAACAUGAGGUUAACAAAACCUGCCCGCAAGGGUUCAUACCUUUCUGCUGUGAAUGCAUCUUAUCAUUCAAGUAAGUUUCAAUGCUUUGGAAUGGUCCCAGUAAUGUUGUAGGUCAAAUAACAUUGUAGCUUUAGUUAAUAGUCUAGACACACAACACCAUUUAUAGAAUAAAAUCUGUGGCUGUUGUAAUGAACAUUAAAUGAUGUUAUAGACAAGAUCCUUGACCUUGGUACUGUCGACUAAGAUUUUAUUCACAAGAUCCUUGACAGUAGUAACAUAGACUAGGAUUUUAUUGACAAGAUCUUGACAAUAGUAACAUCGACUAAGAUUUUAUUGACAAGAUCCUUGACAAUAGUAACAUCGACUAGGAUUUUAUUGACAAGAUCUUGACAAUAGUAACAUAGACUAGGAUUUUAUUGACAAGAUCCUUGACAAUAGUAACAUCGACUAGGAUUUUAUUGACAAGAUCUUGACAAUAGUAACAUCGACUAGGAUUUUAUUGACAAGAUCUUGACAAUAGUAACAUCGACUAAGAUUUUAUUGACAAGAUCCUUGACAAUAGUAACAUCGACUAGGAUUUUAUUGACAAGAUCUUGACAAUAGUAACAUAGACUAGGAUUUUAUUGACAAGAUCUUGACAGUAGUAACAUAGACUAAGAUUUUAUUGACAAGAUCCUUGACAAUAGUAACAUAGACUAGGAUUUUAUUGACAAGAUCCUUGACAAUAGUAACAUAGACUAGGAUUUUAUUGACAAGAUCUUGACAGUAGUAACAUCGACUAGGAUUUUAUUGACAAGAUCCUUGACAAUAGUAACAUAAACUAGGAUUUUAUUGACAACAUCCUUGACAAUAGUAACAUAGACUAGGAUUUUAUAGACAAGAUCCUUGACAAUAGUAACAUCGACCAGGAUUUUAUUGACAAGAUCCUUGACAAUAGUAACAUAGACUAGUAUUUUAUAGACAAGAUCCUUGACAAUAGUAAAUAGACUACGAUUUUAAUUGCAAGAAUGCGUGGUUUGCUUAUAGCUUCUAGUUUUACCAGUGUACCAAUGUAUGGGUCAUUAUUGUAGUGACACAGUGUGGCUUUAAUAUUUUUUAAUAAUGUGCAAUUGUAUGCUUCAUUGAACCUCAAUGAUGUUUUCAACUACUAAUUUCAUGCUUUGGAACAAAGUGAUUAUUUCAUCACAAUUUACAUUUCUCUCCUUUUGUUUGGAACAAAGGCCAAAGAUGAGAAAUUAUUAUUAUUUUUUUUUUUAUUUUAAAUUAUGACAAUUUUGAGUUACCUGCUUUAGCAUGUGAAGGAUAAUAUUUAAAAAUUGAAUUUUUACAUUUUAUUAUAUUUUUGCUUCCCACAAUUUUUAGGUCCCAAAUCAGAAUCUCCAUCUGCCGUAGAGAGUCGCAGCAGUUAUAUCCAGCCACCCCAGCAAUCCUUAGCCGAGUCUCAAUGCUUGCCUUAUCCCAGCCAGUCUUCCUCUAUACUUCAUGCUCCUAGCUCCCCACAGCCUCGCUUGUUUGUCCCCACCAAAGGAUACCCCUCUGACAGCCAAUCCUUUUCCUCCAUGGGCUCCACACACAGCCUGAGCUCUGUGUCCAGUGGGAGUCUGCCUGUAGCUAGUGUUGCCCCAUCAGGUUAGCAAUGAAUCCUUGAUUAUUGUGUGAGUGCUGUCAACAGGGAAUGCUGGCCUUAAAGUGAUUCACUUUGCAUUUGUUACUUAUGAAAGGCAGCUUUGCAUUGAGAAAAAUAAAAUAAAAUAGGGAAAGGCGAUACUAACAGUUCUCAGUUUAUCAGUUGUUAAAGUUUGCUAGUUAUAACUUUGUUCAAACCUCAUUAAUAUGCACUUGUAUCAUAUUUGAUGUGAACUUACAUGUAAACUAGCAUUUCUAAAUAUGAGAGUAAUUGUAUUUAGUAUAGUAUUUAUAACAAAUAUGCUACAAACUUAAAAUACAGUUGAAAAAAAUACUAACUGAAAACAAGAUACAAUGCUUAACAGUUAUUUUUUAUCCAAAAGAUUAUUUAAAUUAUAUUUAAAUCCUAAAAUUGUAAUGUUCUUAUAUCCAAAUUUGUUGUUUAAAACUUGCCUGUCUUACAUUGGAAAGAAAAAAAGAAAGUUUCUGUGCAUUUCAUUUAAUGUCUUAUCGGAUACAGAUUAAAAACUACCCAAUAUGAGUCUGAGUGAAUAAGAUUGUCAAAGGAUCUUAUCAAAUGUUUUUGUUCUGUCCCCAGUGAUGUCAUCAAGUGACAGCUGUUUAGGAAUGUCUGAUGAGAGUCACCUAUCCCAGAAUACAACGUCUUACACAAACCUUAGAAAUCAAAGCCUUUCAGUGACCAUGAGGAAAAAACUCCCAGGUAAUGAAUGAUUGGUGAAGUACGUGUAAAGAUGAAAAUGUAGUGGGAAAACUGCUCUAUGUUUGAUAUAGAAUUAUUCAUUAUUUAUUUGAAAUACUUUUCAUUUCAUUCCAUCCAAUUUUGGUCAGUAGUAAAUUUAAAUACUGAUGUGACAUAUGAGUUUAUUCAUUUAAAUGCUUGACGUGAUGCCAAAAUAUUCAUGGACACUAUCUACUUGUGAAAUUAUUUAGUGCAAAAGGAAAAAAACACAAAAAAGGUACCUGAUAUUACCAUAGGUGAAAGUGAGGCCAGUGUGUUUGUGAUCAACAUUCAUAGACAGGAAAACAUCUCAACCAUCAUGCAUCUUGUAUUCUGUCAUAAACAUUUCAACCACCGUGUAAUUUGUACUCCAUCAUAACUUGAUUUUGUUUUGGGAAUGGUUCGUAGUACAGACUGUUAUCAUUGAAAUACAUUGGGAAUGGUUUGUAGUACAGACUGUUAUCAUUGAAAUACAUUGGGAAUGGUUCGUAGUACAGACUGUUAUCAUUGAAAUACAUUGGGAAUGGUUUGCAGUACAGACUGUUAUCAUUGAAAUACAUUGGGAAUGGUUUGCAGUACAAACUGUUAUCAUUGAAAUACAUUGGGAAUGGUUCGCAGUACAGACUGUUAUCAUUGAAAUACAUUGGGAAUGGUUCGUAGUACAGACUGUUAUCAUUGAAAUAGAUUGGGAAUGGUUCGUAGUACAGACUGUUAUCAUUGAAAUACAUUGGGAAUGGUUUGUAGUACAGACUGUUAUCAUUGAAAUACAUUGGGAAUGGUUUGUAGUACAGACUGUUAUCAUUGAAAUACAUUGGGAAUGGUUUGUAGUACAGACUGUUAUCAUUGAAAUACAUUGGGAAUGGUUCGUAGAUUUUAUCAUUGAAGUACAUUUUUUUAAUUUUUUUUAUUCCAGAGCCUGUUGAGGACCAAGCAAAUAAACUUCACAGACGGACAUCGUAUCUCAUGGCAACAGCAAGGGACCGUACAAAUGUGGUCCCCAUAGAGAAGGCUUUUUCCACCCCUCCACAGCUGGUCACAGACCACAGGCCACAACAGUAAGUAGUGGACAUUCAUGAUAAGUUUGGCCUCGGGGCCAUCUUUGUUGUAGCUUGUCAUGUUCUUGUCCGACCCACCCUUAGUGAGCGCCGUACUGUGUUUUCAUUGGCUGCUUCCCACUGUCGUGCGCUUGAUCACAUACACACCAUAUGCUCACAAAAAUACACAUUUUUUACCCUCUAUGAUGUUUUCUCACAUUUCAUUCACUUACUGACAAAGGGUUUUUAAGUUGCUCUGACUGCUAUUGACCUAUGGUAAUUGAUUUCAUAAGCUUAUUGAUAAUUCCCCCCUUCCAGUAUUUUACAUGCUCAACUUGGUUGCGUUGCCAUAGCUAGUAUUAAUAUAAUUACAGUGAGCCUGGAUGAUGAAAGGUUACAAAGAUUUUACACUUAAGAACUUUUAAAAAAGUGUGUUUGGUUUGUUUACUAAUGUGCUUGUGUGUUUACAUUCUCAGACAAGGAAGUAUGCGCCACCAAAACUCCAUCAAGCUUAAUAAAUUCUUUGGUGAGAUGGUAAGUUAUUUUACUCAUUAAGAUCAAACUCACAGUCAUGUAAAUAUACAUAGAAAACAGGUUUUUUUUGUUGUUUUUUAACAAUCAUCCUUAUCAAGCAACAAAAUAUAUUUAAAUUUUAUUUCAGUGUUUGUAUUUUUAAAGAACUUGCCUUUUGCCAACAAUUUGCCUUUUGCGACCUGACUGGUGUUUUGGUUUUGUUUUCUAUUUAUUUGAAAAACGCAUAGAUGAAAAUUUCAUGUUCUCACAUUUUCCUAGCGCAUUCCAUUACAAGGUCCUCUGAUGUUCUCAUUGUUCUGCAUACAAUGCUAUGUUAACUCUCAUCCUGAAAACGAUAAACUUGUUUAAUUCCUACUGUUUGGUUGUGUCAUUAGAUUCCUGAAGGUGUAGAGCAGAAGCCGGCAGAAAAAGAGGAAGUGCCUGAGGUUAUACGAAAAGGUCAUCUUGCUUGUAAGAUCUCAGUCAUUGAGGGCAAGGUUAGUCAGAAAAGGUCAUCUUGCUUGUAAGAUCUCAGUCAUUGAGGGCAGGGUUAGUCAGAAAAGGUCAUCUUGCUUGUAAGAUCUCAGUUAGUGAGGGCAAGGUUAGUCAGAAAAGGUCAUCUUGCUUGUAAGAUCUCGGUCAUUGAGGGCAGGGUUAGUCAGAAAAGGUCAUCUUGCUUGUAAGAUCUCAGUCAUUGAGGGCAAGGUUAAUCAGAAAAGGUCAUCUUGCUUGUAAGAUCUCAGUCAUUGAGGGCAGGGUUAGUCAGAAAAGGUCAUCUUGCUUGUAAGAUCUCAGUCAUUGAGGGCAGGGUUAGUCAGAAAAGGUCAUCUUGCUUGUAAGAUCUCAGUUAUUGAGGGCAGGGUUAGUCAGAAAAGGUCAUCUUGCUUGUAAGAUCUCAGUCAUUGAGGGCAAGGUUAGUCAGAAAAGGUCAUCUUGCUUGUAAGAUCUCAGUUGUUGACGGGGAGGUUUUCAGGGUUUUCUGCACAUACUCAAAUUCUCCACAUGUGUACAAUCUUCUCUGAUUGUAUGUAAAUCUGUUUGCAAGGAAAUAUAGUUGUCUAUACAAGAUAUGACAGUACCUCUUCAUUAGAAGCUAUGUUUCAAUCUCUUAUGUAACAGACAUGUAAUACAUAGUUAUGAUAUGAGCUUUCUUUUGAGUUUCCCCAUAAUUCCUAAUGUUUAUUUAAUCUUGUACUCUAGAAAUGCAGUGACAGAUCUUGGAAGCAAGUCUAUGCCGUCCUGCGCCAGACAGAAUUAUAUCUCACUCGAGACAAAGAGAACUGUUCUGUAAGAAGAUAUGUUCAAGCCAGUAUUGUGUGUUGUAUCAAAUUGGAAUGUAACCUGAGCAUAAAGUAUUUUAUUUGACUUUGAUAAGUCAAAAUUAACAUCAACUUCUAUUGUGAUAAAAAAAAAUGUUACAUGUCAAAUUAACAUUAAGUUCUAAUGUGAUAAUAAAAAAAAUUUACAUGUCAAAAUUAACAUUAAGUUCUAAUGUGAUAACAUUUUAUUUUAAUAAUCUAAAUCACAUGGAUUGAAUGAUUUAUUUAUUUGUUUAAAUCAGUCGUUCCCUGAGGACCAACACAUCCCUAUCAAGUCUUGUAUGGUUGAGCCUGCCAGAGACUAUGCCAAGAAAAAGAAGCAUGUGUUUCGUAUGACGACGUACAAUGAGUGUGAAUAUCUCUUCCAAACGGAAGAUCGGGGAACCAUGUUGUCAUGGAUACAAGCCAUCAAGUCUAUCAAUGAACCAGAGAAAGCUGAAAAAAUGGUGAGAUUGGGAUCAUCUGUCACAAUGGAAGAGCUUUAGAACUAAAUUUAUAUCACAUUUUCUGUCUGUAAUAUUUGACAUAAUUGUCUCUUUUAAACUUUGUUAAAUUUUGUUUGGGUCCAUUUCCUAAUUCAAUAAACUUGACCUGACCGACCUGCAUUACAUAUCCGUUGAGCAUUAUGUUGCUUUCCCCAACCCUAAAUCCAUAAUUUGAGAAGCCCUAACCUGAAGCUAUCCGCAGCCAGUUCCUUGUAGCAUAUUAUUAUUACUAAGAGUGUUUGAGAUUGACAGAUUUCUUCAAAAUAUAAUUCUUUAACUUAGAUUUAAAAAGUCUUUGCAUAAUUAACAAAGGGACCAAUGACGCUGGUAACAAAUUUUUAAGGAGAAUAUUAUUUUUCUUUCAAAAUGUGUCUCUUUAAAAACAAAUGAUUAGUUUUCUUUCGUAUCCGGAAAUUUGAUCGAAAGAAAUUUCAUAGACGGUAAUUUGAUUAGACUAACGGAAAUUAGGUUGAAACUUUUUUUCAGUUUUUAAUUUAAAAUUUUGCUUCAAAUUUCUUUUUGAAUGCAUUAUUUUGUUUUAUUAUACAGAAUAGUGCGUUCAAAAAGAAAUUUGACAAAAAUUUUAACGUGUGAACUGAAAAAAAGAUUCAACCAAAUUUCCGUUCUACCAAAUUUCCGUCGAUCAAUAUACCGCCGACGAAAUUUCUUUCGAUCAAAUUUCCGGUAACCGUUUUCUUUUCAUACAUACUUUAGAACUCUAUUUUGACUAUUAUUUUAUUAAAUACUCAUAAUUUGAUAUUCCUCUGCCGCUUAAAGAGUUUCAUUUAAUAAUCAAAAUAUUGUUUUGAAUAUUGCUAAUUUAAAUUAUUUAUUAACAUUUUAAUUUAUCACUGACCAUGAAUUGUUAGAAUAAAAUUUCAUACACACAUUUUGAAUUUGCAGGAGGAAAUGAUUGCAUCAGAAAGGGAGAAAACUGCCCAGUCUGCUAUUGAAGCUAAUGCUUCUAGCAGUAAAAUGUCACCACAGAUGGGACACAAGGGCAGAAAACUCUCAGCACUUUCCUUUAAAGCGAAAUUGUCAUCCUCCCCUAGCAUGAGAAGAAAGAAAUCCGGCACUAAUGAGAAAGAGAAAGGUUUGGGAUUUUUUGGUAAAUAGUCACAAAAUGUCAAGCAUCACAGUCUCAUGGUCACAAAAUGUCAAGCAUCACAGUCUCAUGGUCACAAAAUGUCAAGCAUCACAGUCUCAUGGUCACAAAAUGUCAAGCAUCACAGUCGCAUGCCUCACAAGAGCUCAGCUAUAAUUUAAUUAUGUACCCAGAAAAAAUGCAUUAUUCAGUGUCAUGGCACUAAUAAUAAAUAAUUCAUACUAACAAAAUUAACGACCACCUUUGCUUGGGAACUGCCAAUAUGGCACUCAAAUUACAAUCUCCUUACCAUUUGUUAUAAAAAUUUGUCAGAUUCAUUCAUCAUCGAAAAUUUUUAUUAAUUAAAAUUGUAUAUUAUAUUAAUAUUUUUUAGUAUAAUUGAGUAAAUAAAUAAAUAAUUUUAAGACACGAUUACUGACCGACAUGACACACAUAGUAAUUUUUUUUAUCUCUCAGAGGAAAGUUUCAAAAAGGGCUGGAAAGGAAGACUCCCUAUGAUGAAAAGUCUUAAAAAACAUAGUGAAGAGUCCAGCUUAAGUGCCCUCAGUGAGCAGGAUGUGGACACAGACAAGAUGCAGUUUGGAGUCCAUCUGGAGGACUGCUUCCCGUCCCCUCACAAUGAGGUACUCGAUCACAUUGUGCUCACCAUUGGAACUCUUUGUGUGGGAUGUUUUUAACAUUCUAUCAGGAUAUUUACAUAUGGAGUACAACCUUCCUGCUUCACUGUCUAGGCUCACACCGCUGAUCCAUUGUACAACCUUGCUGCUUCACUGUCUAGGCUCACACCACUGAUACAUUGUACAACCUUCCUGCUCCACUGUCUAGGCUCACACCACUGAUCCAUUGUACAACCUUCCUGCUCCACUGUCUAGGCUCACACCACUGAUCCAUUGUACAACCUUUCUGCUCCACUGUCUAGGCUCACACCGCUGAUCCAUUGUACAACCUUCCUGCUCCACUGUCUAGGCUCACACCGCUGAUCCAUUGUACAACCUUCCUGCUCCACUGUCUACGCCCACACCACUAACUCAUUGUACCACCUUCCUUACUGAUCCAUUGUACAACCUUCCUGCUCCACUGUCUAGGCUCACACCACUGAUCCAUUGUACAACCUUGCUGCUCCACUGUCUAGGCUCACACCGCUGAUCCAUUGUACAACCUUCCUGCUCCACUGUCUAGGCUCACACCGCUGAUCCAUUGUACAACCUUCCUGCUUCACUGUCUAGGCUCACACCACUGAUCCAUUGUACAACCUUCCUGCUCCACUGUCUAGGCUCACACCGCUGAUCCAUUGUACAACCUUCCUGCUCCACUGUCUAGGCUCACACCGCUGAUCCAUUGGGUCAUUUUCUGUCCCAAUAAUUGCUCGCACAUACAGUAGAUCCUUGCUUAAUUUAAUUCUAACUAGAGAGACAUCUGUUAAAUCAACUUAAAAUAUGAACAGCCCUUUUUUAAGAAGCCCUCCCAAAAUUGUGCUCUAUCAAACUCAGUAAGGUUCUUAAGUUUAUUUAUCUGAUAUUGAAAUAGUCUUUCAUUUAAGUGUAGCUCCCACAUUUAAUGGAACCAUUCACAUUUCUCAAUUUAAGAUUAGGUCCCAUGAUUAGUGUGACCACACACAUUUCUUUCAUUCAAGGAUAGGUUCUAGAAUUAACUAAUUAUAAAAAGUGUUGUACUGCAAUAAAGCUUUAAAAUAGAUUAAUAAGAUCUUGUGGACCGGUUCAGAGAACACCUCUGUAACAUAAAUAAAUACGCUCUCUGUCUGGUCUCCAAACAUUUCAAUAGCCCUAACCAUGAUGGUAUCUCAGACAUCGCAGUUGCUGGUAUACUCUAUACUAGUAACACUGCAGAUAGAAUCUAUAUGGAGAACAAAUCAAUAACAAGAUUUGGUACGUUGUCUCCAUAUGGAAUGAACCAAAUCCACAAUUUUACCUAGCUGCCAUGUCUUUUUCCUGUUUGGUUUUUAUAAUUAUGUUCAAAUCACUUCCUUUCUACUCCUCUUUACUUUGUUUUUGUCUGGUUUUAGAGCUCUCUCCUAUUUUUUUCUGUUUUAGGUAGCAUAUGUAUAUUUAUAUUAUUUAAAUUUAAUUUAUACUUACUUAAAUGUGUUUUGUUUGUUUGUACUGUUGAAGGCAUGUGCCGAAACGUUUACUUGUGUAUAAUGUAUAAUUAUUAUUAAAGCCUAACUUAAAUUGUUCUAUUGACACAAUUUGUUCUAGAAUUACUGUGACCAUGCACAUUUCUUCUAUGAUUAAUGUGACACACACGUCUCCCAUGAUUACUGUGACCAUACACAUUUCUGCCAUGAUUAAUGUGACCAUACACAUUUCUCCCAUGAUUAAUGUGACCAUACACAUUUCUCCCAUGAUUAAUGUGACCAUACACAUUUCUGCCAUGAUUAAUGUGACCAUACACAUUUCUCCCAUGAUUAAUAUGACCAUACACAUUUCUGCCAUGAUUAAUGUGACCAUACACAUUUCUCCCAUGAUUACUGUGACCAUACACAUUUCUGCCAUGAUUAAUGUGACCAUACACAUUUCUCCCAUGAUUAAUGUGACCAUACACAUUUCUCCCAUGAUUAAUGUGACCAUACACAUUUCUGCCAUGAUUAAUGUGACCAUACACAUUUCUCCCAUGAUUAAUGUGACCAUACACAUUUCUCCCAUGAUUAAUGUGACCAUACACAUUUCUCCCAUGAUUAAUAUGACCAUACACAUUUCUCCCAUGAUUAAUAUGACCAUACACAUUUCUCCCAUGAUUAAUGUGACCAUACACAUUUCUGCCAUGAUUAAUGUGACCAUACACAUUUCUCCCAUGAUUAAUAUGACCAUACACAUUUCUCCCAUGAUUAAUAUGACCAUACACAUUUCUCCCAUGAUUACUGUAACCAUACACAUUUCUUACCUGUAUUUUCACUUGUACAUUCCUCAGUUUGUUCCACUUAUUGUUGAGCUGUGUACAAGGAUAGUAGAAGCUCGUGGCCUGGAGGUGGUGGGCGUCUACAGAGUGCCUGGAAAUUCAGCAGCCGUCAACGCCUUAACAGAAGAGUUUAACCGCGGCAUCGAUUCCGUCAACAUUGACAAUGAAAAACUCCUGGAUAUUAACGUCAUCAGCAGUUUGCUGAAAUCUUUCUUCAGAAAAUUGCCAGAGCCCCUGAUACCACCAGGUUCAUUAUUUAAUGGCCUCCAUUAUUCACUGAGUUAAUGGCCUCCAUUAUUCACUGAGUUAAUGGCCUCUAUUAUUCACUGAGUUAAUGGCCUCCGUUAUUCACUGAGUUAAUGGCCUCCGUUAUUCACUGAGUUAAUGGCCUCCAUUAUUCACUGAGUUAAUGGCCUCCAUUAUUCACUGAGUUAAUGGCCUCCAUUAUUCACUUAGUUUAUUUCCAAACAAUUUUUUAUUAAAAUAUUCAAACUGUUAUAUAUUUUAAACAAAUAAAGAUGAGAGAAGUAAAACAUAUAAUGUUAAUUUAACUAUUUUUGUUUCUUAAGUAAUUUUUUUCCAAACUCAGAUUUACUGUUUCUGUGCCAUAUAUAUUAGUGAAAAAAUUUUUGUUUUCCUUUUUUAAGAACACAAUUUCAUAAAGUAUUGAAUAGACACAUGUAUAGAUUGAACAUGUUGCACCCUCUUGGAUAUUCUUGGUGUAAUAUAUUUUAUCUUUGCCUUGAUGAAUUUCUGAAUGGCUGAGCUCAUUCAUUGUCUCCUUUACUCUUCCUACAGACAUGAAGGAUCAGUUCAUUAUCAAUCAAAGCCAAUCAUUAUCUCCCCUUACAGAGAUUUACCAUGAGUUUAAUGAAGUCAAUCAUUAUCUCCCCUUACAGAGAUUUACCAUGAGUUUAAUGAAGUCAAUCAUUAUCUCCACUUACUGAGAUUUACCAUCAUUUUAAUGUAGUCAAUCGUUAUCUCCCCUUACAGAGAUUUACCAUCAUUUUAGUGUAGCCAAUCAUUAUCUCCGCUUAUAGACAUGUACUAUCAGUUCAAUGAACCAGUCAUUAUCUCCCCUUACAGACAUGUACGCUCAGUUCAUUUAAGCCAAUCAUUAUCUCCCCUUACAGACAUGUACGAUCAGUUCAUUGAAGCCAACAGGUAUCCAGAUGAAGACAAGCGCAAGCUGAAGAUCAAACGCCUGCUUCACCUUCUUCCUCCACACAACAACGAGACCUUGAAGCAUAUGGCCGAACAUCUGAAUAAAGUAGCAUCCUAUGGAAACAUUAACAAGGUGAAUAUUUGACAGACCAGCUUCACACAGAGAAAAGUCUUUUACUUCUGGUUCAGUUGCCUUUGCCUGCACAACAUUUAUACAGUUAUACAUAACCCGGGAAUGAAACUUUUCUGGUAGUUUAAAGUUAUGAACUGUCGACACGUGUUCCCAAAAAUUAAAAGACACUUCUGCCAGGCGAUGUAAAGGACAGGGAAAUGUUAGAUUUUAUGGUGAAGCAAAUCCAACUCUAAAUAAGCUUUCACUUUCAUCUCUGAUGGUAAUGGCCCAAGACUUGGUUUUUAUAACAUGAAUUAAAUAUGUGUAUUUUUUCAUGAUCGGUUGUUUAUUUUAGCUUAUAUUAAUGUCUCACAUUUUUAUACUAAAUGUUUUCUUUCAGAUGGAUGCCAAAAAUCUGGCCAUAAUGUUUGGUCCUACAUUGGUACGUAAGAAAGGAGAUGACACAGUUUCUCUUGUGACGGAUAUGUCUGAUCAGUGCCGUAUUGUAGAGAGCAUAAUACUGCAUGUAAGUUUUCUAUAUCUAGUCUUAAGUCAACGGUCAGUCAGUUAAACAAAGUUUUCUAUAUCUAGUCUUAAGUCAAUGGUCAAUUGAGUUGAUCCAGUUAUGACCAUCAUGUUACUCCAUCUGUUAUGUAUUCCCAUGUAUAUCACCUAAUGUAUCUCAAUGUCUUUUUAAUUUUUCCAGGCCAUUGAGAACAUUUGGUUGGACCCAUUUAACAUACCCAGGAAAAAAAAAACAUAAACAUCAAUUUUAUUGCUUAACAACUUCUGGAUAUGUUUAUUUAACCUAUAAUUACAAUUCUCUAAAAAUAACAGUUGUGUCACAAAGACAUUUUUGCCCCCCUUAUUUUAUUGCUUAACCACUUCUGGAUAUGUUUAUUUAACCUAUAAUUACCAUUCUCUAAAAAUAACAGUUGUGUCACAAAGACCUUUUUGCCCCCCUUCCCCCCCCCCCGCCUCUUUCCCCUUUCCCCCCCCCCCACCCCCCAACCAAUAUCCCUUGUGAAUCUUUCAUUGCUUUUUAUUCUAAGAAACAUUGCCUUUCAAUAGCUAUGCUGACUUCUUACAGUGAUUUGAACAAUUUCUUUUCUCUUGAACAGCAUGAUUGGUUCUUCAGUCCUUGGGAUCAGGACAACUAUAUACCCAUGGAGACAACAGUGGAGACAGUCAGCGUGGAAGAUGGACAGUCACUUCUGAAGGAUGAUGAUGGUAAGUGCACUGUCGCUUUCCCCUGUGUUAGCUCUGCACACACUUCCUAUUUUAAAGAGUGCACUUUAUUUAAACCUUAAGCUAUACAUUUAAAUUUAUAUGUGUUUGCUUUCAUUUAAUGUAUUAUUUUAGUCAAAUCUCUCAAAAUUGUUUGUGAUUUGAACUUUCAAAAUAGAGACAAAUGCAAAAAGAACAACAUAUAUCUGAUCUCUAAGUUAUCUACAACAUGUUCUGCACAAUAUAACACACAUAUAUAUAUUGGUCCUUUGUGAGCUGACAGUUUAGUUUUAAUGUAUUCACAGAGGAGGCUGACUCUGCUAUCAGUGCCAAACAAAUCAUUUCAUCCAUUGUUGGAGCAGCCAGCAAAAAGCUCCGGAGUCAACAAGGCAAGAGCACUGAAUCCCUGGAUAUGAUUGACAGCUGCAGUAUGACCACCACCAGCUCGGCCACAUACACGCUCGAUGACACCCUCCACUCGUCCUCCCGCACCAAAUCUCUCUCCUCCAUUGCAUCCUCACGCAGCGCCUCUGAAGAAUUUCUUGAGCGCAAGUCUGCGAACUCGGCGAAUAGGUAUCUGGCCACGGCACCCAUUGCAAACUCCGAGCCAGACUUCAUGGACUUUGAGUACGCCGAUGCUACGAGUCCGUCGUCAAGUUUCUCCAGGCAUUUUUCCGAUGAUUCUCUGGUGGAUAAAAAUGACGAGCUAGAAAUCUCCCACGGCCUGCCCACCAGCCUCAGCAGGGAUGCCAUCCAUAACACUCUCAAGAGAAUUGGAAAUGACGUCAGUGCUUUACUUCACACAUUUGAGCAGAAGCAGUUGAAGGAGCGAGAGCGCCGCCGUUGGGAGCAGGAAAUGAUUGAGAGAGAACACAUGAGGACACAACUGGAGCUGGAGCAGGAGGAGAAUCACAGUGUGGAGGACUGGCUUGCCUGGAAAGGUAUCAGUGCUUCACGUAUGCCAGACCUUGUGUCCAGCUCAUAUUUGGGGCAAACGUACCCUUACGAAGAGAGCCGUUUCAAUCACAACGUCCCCGGGGGUGGUGAAAAAAAAGACAAACUGGACAUGAAGAGGAGUAAUGUUGUGUCACUGACCACCACUCUGAAUGUUCCGCCCGUGGUGAUACCCCCAUUGGGUUUGCCCACCCAGCCGGCCAAGAUCCCCAGAGUUGGGUCUCAUGAAGACAUUUUGUCCCAGCCCAAGAACCAAAGAUACGAUGCUGGGAGGCCUGUGAUGAUGCGAGGUCCCAGCCAACGUAGAAUCCAAGAAAAUCAGCAGAGGACGUUACAUGUGGCCGUUGGUCCCGAGAGGACCUCCCAGCGGCCAUCAUCUAUUCGACACAGUUUUGGCAGACGCCAUGGUUCUUUGGAUUCUUUGAUAGACAUGAUAGACAGACAAGACAAACGCGCAUCCUGGGCCUCGUCUGAUUCAGAAGAUGGCUCAGACUUGCUCAACAGCAUCACCACAACCUUUGAUCAGAAGCUGCAAAUUUUACUUAACCCCAAGUAUAAGCUGACCGGGGCAGUUGGUAAAAGUGAUAAAAUGGAUUCAUUAAAUAAUUCAAGCAAUUCAAACGAAGAUUCUAAGGAAGACAAUUCCAAGUUGACUGAAGCAGGCAAAGCCAGGAUUUUGAGCAGCGUCCAACAGCCCCGCCCUGGGGCAUCCCUUCUUGAUUCUGAAAGACCCUUUCGAGACCCAAGCCUUCAUAGGUCAGCCAAAUCUGAUCCUAAAAUAGGGAUAGCAUCUCGAUUUGAGCGGCAUGACUGUGGCAGAGCGUCAUCUGCAUCCCCUGUCACCACUGUCUUGUAUGAAAAUUCAAAUCUGGCCAAUCAGAAAAAAUGUCAGUUGCCAGACUUCAGGGCUUUUUUAAGCAAGCCGCCAGCUCAGCCCCCCGAGCCCGGCUCCGUUACUCUAACACAGCCCAAAAAACUAGACACCAGUCCCAAGUCUAGAGAAAACUUUCGGCCCGAGCAAAGAACUAUUUCAAAAUCUGAAAAAACAGAGAUGAACCUUGCAAGACUGAGUCGAGAUGAGACAUCGUUUGCGGGAGAGGGUGUUGCUAGUCUUACUGAUAAGCAGGACAAUAAGGAGAACAGAAAGAUACAUAAACGUAGACGACAUACAGUUGGCGGAAUGGAAGAUUUUGAUCACAUAAAUGCAAUUUCUAGGGCUUGUGCCGACCUCACCAGUUUUCACCGACCAUCCGCCUGGGAGCGGCUGCAGCCAGCGGUGAAGGACCCGGGCUCACCCGGUCAUCGAAACAUGCAGACGUGGAUUCAGAGAGAGAGGGUCAGGGGCAGUACACCUGAUCUUACAUGUCAGGACAAAUACUGAUUGCUUAAUAAGAGGACAGCUCAGUUGUCAUUGCCUCUUUAAGGAAAGGAAGUUUUAUUUGCCCUGUCAAGGUGAACAUAGAUUUAUCUAGGAAAGAGUGGACAAUGUCUGUAAUCUGAGUGGACAGAGUCUGUAAUCUGAGUGAACAAUGUCUGUAAUCUGAGUGGACAAUGUCUGUAAUCUGAGUGAAGGUUUACUAUUUGAAAAAUGCAGACACUAGUCUUGUGUCAUUGAAAUCAAGGAUAAUAAGUUUCGUGAAACUAAGUUUGUAUGAAACUUGUUAUGUCUAUUGCUUUAAUUGUACAAUUAUGUUUAGAAUAUUGACUCAAUAAAACUUGGAGCUGGCUAGAGUAGGAAUGUACUUUUGGCUGUAUAAAAUGGCUUCAAAAAAGAAUGAAGAGUCUCUGAAAGAAAAUGGAUAUUGAUCAAUGGCCAUUUUUUGGUCCAGAAGUAACAAUCAGCUGGUCUUCAAAUGCUGGAUAAUUUGAGUGUAACAAUGGACUUUAUCAUUGCUGGACAGAUUUAAGAAUGAAAUAACGCUUGAAUUUACUUGUAACAUUGUCAGCCUAAACACUAGAAGGCAUUAACACUAUCAUCAGAUGGAUUGUACUGGUCCUGGUGAUCUUUCAUUGGAUGACAAGAAACCUGCAAACAAGAAAUCAAACCUACAAGUUAUCCUAAUUUACUUCUUUAUGUUAAGCCUAACCAACCAUCGAUUCUUGUGCUUCUAGCCUGGUAUCAGCCCCGUGUGUGUCCCCAGUUUCCCCAGGCAUUGUUCUACAUGACAGCAUUACUUGUGAUAUUGUGCUUCCUACGACAUGUGCUGCUAGUUUCUUGCCUACAUUCUCUGCUCAUGUAUGGAUGUUGAUUGUUGUCUUCUGUUACAGACAAAAUGUUUUUGUCCUUUUUCUUGUUUAUCUUCCUUAUAAUUGAUGUAGACAUGUUCUUUUCAUUUUUUAUUGGGUUAUAGAAAUCCAAUUCAAAAACGAUGAUCAGAUUUGCAUUAGCCUUCACAUACAUACGUGAGAUAUUCUCACAAUAGAUCUGCAAAAACCUGAAACGUUGUGAUUUCGUUGUCAUUUGUUGCUGUGUCUCUGCUCUCAGUAUUAAGAUGACAAAAUCAUCGUUGAAGGUUGGUAACUUUUACAUAAUACAGUUACCAAAGUCCGUGCUUUGAUCUAGACUGUUUUUGGUGUGAUUAUAGUGCGCCCAUUAAUCUAGAUUUCUACCAAUUAUCUUUGAACUAGGGUAUGUGGGAUGAAAUUCAAUUUUUUUUUAUAUACAUGACCACAUUUGUUUGCAAAUUAAACGACACCUAAAUUUCUUGCUGGUAAAAGUAACUGCUCAUGAUAGUUUUUUUAAAGCAAAUAUCAGAAAUCCAAAUCUGGUUGAACAACCCAGCCUUUGUUGUUUACUAUCCUUUUGAUACAAUCAAAGUGUCUAUGCCCUUACUAUAAGAACUGAUAGCAAUUGCAGGGUGCAAAGGGAUGUUGUCAAUGCACAGAUGAUAACUAUUUAAAGACAGUAUUCAAAUAGAUUUUAUUUUCUCUUUAAUCCCUUUAACUACUUCAGUUGUGUUAAUUUUGUUAAAAGAACACAUCAAGCUAGUUAAACAUUUUUGCUCAUAAUUUGAGAAUGCCUGCAACUUUAACAAAAUUAAAUAUGUCAAUUCUGACCCAUAAUGUUGGCCACUGAGUUAGCUUGUUAAACAUGCAAAUCUAGGUCAAGAAUUUUCCUAGGUUCAUUUCGUGAAUGAAAUGUGUGGGGAAAAUGUAACAACAGUUGUUUGCAUGAACCAGAGAAACCUUAUUAAAAUUUUUGGCCAUUAAAACAUGAAACUUGAGGCAGUUUCUUCCUUUGUUAACCUAUGUCGGCUGCUACAGAAAGUUCUGUUAUUGAUUGUCAAAAGCAUUUCACAGACCUGGUUGGCUGUGGACAUCAUUACCAGGGCUGCUACAGAAAGUUCUGCUAUUGAUUGUCAAAAGCAUUUCACAGACCUGGAUUGCUGUGGACAUCAUUACCAGGGGCACUACUAUUAUUAAUAGUCUAACACAUUUCUGUAGUUCAGACUUAUGUUUCGAUUACUAAUUUUUUCUCAAUGUUCAUAAUUUCACCCCAUCCAACCUUCUUCUUUACCUAUUAUUUCAACCAAGUAAAAGAUUCUUAAAUGAAAUUCCCUUUCUUCUGUUUAGUAUGCCUCAUAGCAAGACCAGAAUGUGUCUGUGAGGAAGAGAAACUCAAUCGGGCAACCUAAAAUGAUGGUCUGCAAAACUCACAAUGGCGGCCCAUAAUGAUAAUCUGAAUGAAAUGGUUCAUCGGAUACAUUAAAGUUUCAAAAAUUAAUUUAAAAAACAAUUAUGUCAAACAUUUGGGUGCACCAACGUCAGCGUCAAACAUUUGGGUGCGCUAGUACUCAAUGUCAAACAUUUGGGUGCGCUAGUACUCAAUGUCAAACAUUUGGGUGCACCAACGUCAGCGUCAAACAUUUGGGUGCACCAACGUCAGAGUCAAACAUUUGGGUGCGCUAGUACUCAAUGUCAAACAUUUGGGUGCACCAACGUCAGCGUCAAACAUUUGGGUGCGCUAGUACUCAAUGUCAUACAUUUGGGUGUGCCAGCCUCCAUGUUUAUAAACAGUGGCUGAGUAUUCAAAGCUCCACUAGUUUUCUCCCACAGGAUGUUUGGUAUCAAAGGGGCAAAACAAACAUAAGCUGAUUUACUUUGACUGUAUCAAAGGGUCAACACAAACAUGUCUAAUUACUUUGAUUCAUAUCAUACAUAUUUGUAAAUGUAGGUUCUCCUUAGUCUCUUUCUCUUUUGAUAAAUUUUGUUAUUUAAUUAUUUGUUAAGUUAUACCCUUAUUUUGUUAUUUAAUUAAUUGGUAAGUUAUUUCCUUAUUUUGUUGAUUCCAGUGAUUUCUCUGUUAAUUCUUUGGUGUUUUAUUACACUGAAUAUCAAAUGACUUUUGUCUAAAGCAGUGCUGCUCAAAUAUUUGGGGUAACAGACCUGUAGGGAUUUGUCCAAGUGCAGCAGCAACUGGAACCCCAUUGAUUGAUUAUUGUUCUUGUUCAAUCCUUUUACAUAUUGAACAUAGGGCCGACCAGGAUUGAGGUCUCACGUAAUGAUCACCUCUUGAAUGGCUCUGCUCAAAGUACACCAUUGUGCUGUUAAAGGAAGACAGCUUCCAUUCUUAAGUAAAACUUACCAGCACAUGUCUUUGGGGAUCUUGUUGGCAAGAUGUGAGGUUGUGUGUAUUCAUUUCAAAAUGCAGUUCAACCACAAGGUCCUACCACUUCUACCUAAACUCGUUUUCUUCUUUUUUAAUUUAAAUUUACUCAAAGGUUGAUUUUUUUUGUUGUUGUAAAAGUCACUGUCAGAUUGCUAUGUACAAUAUGUGAAUAUUAUAACUUUAUUAAUAUGUGUGGAUAUUUGAAAAGAUUUUCAUUUACUUUGAAUUUGUUGCUUUAGGUACAUAAUACAUACGGCAUGCAAAUAUUUGAUUGUGAUUUGUCGUUGCAGCUUGAAAGUACUAGAUUUUGUUUUUUACUGUGGAUAUUUGAUAAUUUUUUUAGAGAAUUGAAUAUUUACACAAAUCUAUAUAUCUUUAUGAUUCUAUAAAAUAAAAGCAUGAAAUAUUGUAUAAAAUAAAUUAUUUUUUACCCAUGCUAGACAAAUGAGGAUGGUUCGGUAUUCUGUACUCUAUGUCUUGCCACUUGUAACUUGUCUACACAAGCUUUAUUCUUGACUUGUAAGUUAUUUUUAGCUUGAGGCAUCUUGGGAUUUAUGGGCAGAGCUUAUUUUUAAAUAAUAAUCUUUUACUUUUUUUUAAAAUUAUCUCAAUCAUUAUUAUAUAUUUAAAACACAAAUAAAAUGAAAGUAAAUAUUAUACAAUUAUUGUUCCAAAAAAAAACAUUUUAAAGACAUACUGUUAGGGUUUUGGUAAAAAAAAAAGAAGAAAAAAGCUCUCAC